GUGGAACUUCUGCUUGGUCCUGGGCUGCCACGUGUGGUUAAGGCUGAAGGAUCUCUAGAUGAUGAUUCUCUGGGACAAUGGUUUGAAAAGGACCAGCCGGUGCAUGCGGCAGGGAUGGGAGAAGGAAAGCAUUUCGAGAUAGCUGGCAGCAGAUUGCGAAUACUGUCCGCAACGUGCGGGAUCAACAGCAAGACACACAAGCCCGAGGUAUCACUCAGCAAGAAGGCUUUUGCAGUCAUUCAAGAUCGCCUCAGAUUGCCCGACUAUUUCUUAACAAACAUCCCUCGGGAUCAUCUUGCUUUCGCUACUCCUUUCUCGAGUAAUACGGGUAAAGUACAGCUCCAUGGUUUAAUUUUCAAGCUCGCCUUCUAUCGCCCAAAAUUCUACCAAGUGUCAAUCUCAUACUAUCCAGAAUUGAAUCUCACGUACGGUCUCGUUCUAGCUCGAAAUCCGUGCGAUGUUACGGUGCCACUGCUGAGUCUCCUCGAAACUUAUGAAAGCAAGCCAGAUCUCGCUGUUCAUCCGCUCCUUCUCCCCAUAGCCGCAAUUGGUCGUGAAAUUGAUCGAACCCGUCGCCGUAUUCACCGGUGGGAUAAAGACGUCGAUGAGUUAGAAGAAGUGAUGGGCCAGCAUGAGUACGAAGGAAGACCACUAGGAAACCCUUUGGAGAUGGACUUCACAAGUAAAACAAGGAAGUUGAACUAUCUUAGCAAAAGAGUAGGUGUGGAUAUACUCCACCUGGGAUACGUAAAGUUUUCACUAGAAAACGUCGAAUCGUGGAGCAAGAGCUCGAUAUGUGGAGGGAAAGAAUCCGACGGGGUUAGCGAGCCAAUUUGCCACGCGAUGAAAGAAAGGACAACAAUGAUGAAAGAGGAUUGCCGUUCACUCCUCCUAUUCGCCGAAUAUGAAGAGAAGCGGAUGAAGAUUUUGAUCCAAGCUGUCUACCAGUUCAUGGCCCAGAAAGAUGCAAGAGUAAACAUCGAGCUAGCUUUAAACUCUGCAGCGAUUGCAAAAGCAAGCAAGGAGGAUAGUGCGAUCAUGCGACAGAUUGCCAUUGAAACCAAGAGAGAUAGUUCUGCUAUGAAAACCAUUGCUCUGCUGGGCAUGCUCUUUUUGCCAGGUACUUUUGUUGCUGUAU